CAAUAUCAUUCACCGCUAUCGUCACCAUAACGAGUCCCCCCCCACCGUUCCCCUAGUCUUCGAGUUUGCAAGUCGCCAAAAUGAGCGGCAAUAAGAAAUCAACAUUAUCGUACCUCCCCGACAUCCUCAUGGCGGCUGCCGCUCCCCUUGUCGCAUACUUUCUAAUCCGCUCGCUGCUCACGCGUCUCGACCCAGACGCCGCCUCCAAAGAAGAAGCCCAACAAAAAGCCCUUGCCGCCUCUCGCAAACUCGACGCAAUAUUAGCCAAUAAAGCCCUUGAGGGUGACGAGGAUGACGAAUACGGGAGUGGGUACCGAGAUGGCAGGAGGAGGAGGGGUAGUCGGGCGAAGAUAGAGGAUCUGAGACUUACGAGUUAUGAGCAGACGAUUGCUAUGGAGGUUGUUGCGCCCGAAGAGAUACCCGUCAGUUUUGAGGACAUCGGCGGCCUUGAUUCCAUAAUCGAAGAACUCAAAGAAUCCGUAAUAUACCCGCUCACCCUCCCACAUCUCUAUUCUUCAACCUCAUCCCUCCUGUCCGCCCCAUCAGGCGUCCUUCUCUAUGGUCCUCCAGGUUGCGGAAAAACUAUGCUGGCGAAAGCACUGGCGCACGAGUCCGGCGCCUGCUUCAUCAAUCUCCAUAUAUCAACGCUGACAGAGAAGUGGUAUGGAGAUAGCAACAAGCUGGUAAACGCCGUGUUCAGUUUAGCGAGGAAGCUGCAACCGAGUAUUGUCUUCAUUGACGAGAUCGACGCUGUAUUAGGGCAGAGGAGAAGUGGAGAACAUGAAGCGAGCGGCAUGGUGAAAGCAGAAUUCAUGACGCACUGGGAUGGCCUCUCCUCUUCCACACGCCCUGGCACCACUACCCCUCAACGUAUUGUCAUCCUGGGUGCCACAAACCGCAUCCAAGACAUCGACGAAGCAAUCCUACGCCGCAUGCCCAAAAAAUUUCCCGUUGCCCUCCCCAACGCCUCUCAACGCCACAACAUUUUCAGCCUCAUCCUCCGGGGCACCAAAAUCGACCACGCGGCUUUCGACCUCGACUAUUUAGUCCGCGUCUCCGCAGGAAUGUCUGGUUCCGACAUCAAAGAAGCAUGUCGAGACGCCGCCAUGGGCCCAGUGCGUGAAUGUAUUCGGAGAAAGAAGGCAGAUGGGUCGUUACACCGGUCUACGAAAGCCGUGCAACCGCAUGAUUUGCGGGGUUUACGGACGGAGGAUUUUUUUGGGAGGGGGCGGGUGCAGAGGGAAAUGGACUCGUUGGAUGAUGUCCGUGAUACAGUCGUUAAUGCCCGAGAGGGACCUAGGAAAAUCCAUACCACUGAAGAGUCGGAGGAUUCGAGUAGUAAUGUGAGUACGGCGAGUGGGGAUGGGGAUGGGGAGAGGGAUGGGUUUAGGGAUAGCGCGUAUCAAGAUGCUGAGGUGGAGAUUGUGCGGUAGGAUGGGUGGACAAAAAUCGGGGCAUGGGAGAUUAUGGUGAAUGAAACGUAUAUAUGGGUGGUGCUGUAUCAUGAAAAUCUCUCUCAGCUUUCGGAUAUCAAACACGGACGGGUGUCGGCGUUGUUAAUGGAUAGCCGGCUGGCUGGUUAGAGCUGUAUAGACAGCACAGGCACUGCGGGCAUGUGAGAUCUUCGUUACCAUAACCAUAGACAGGGCCUAUUGUAAAUUUUCUCCUCUUCUCUAG